AUGGAGAAUCCUCGCCCAUCCUCUCCUAUCCUCGCUGUGUACCAGAUCAUCACUUUCAGGGAAACAUGCGUGGUAUUUGGGGUGGUGGGGCAGGGGAAGAGAAAUAAGCCAGGAGUGGAAACAGCAGACACUCCAGACUCGGCACGUGGGCGAGGGGAGAAGAAAGCCAUCAAUGAUCUAGACAGAGACUUUUGGAAUAACAAUGACAGCAGCACAGUGCAGCAGAGGUGGAGCUCCUAUCCGCCCAAGGAGUUCGUACUAAACAUUUCUCCCUAUGCCCCAUAUGGAGAUCCUCGCCUCACACUCAAUGGGGCAGUGUCAGGGGGUCAGAAGGGGGCAGCAACUGGGCAUGGGGAUGAUGGGGGGGGUCCUUAUCGCAGUGACAGCGUGAAGAGCAUGGUGACAGAGGGAGUGAAGGCCGGGAGGUGGCAGACCGUCCAGGGCCACAUGCAGUCCGGAGGAUUGAGACCCAGCGACUUUGGGGAUCCAGUCUUAUCCUAUGCAUCCACUUUGGAGCACAUCCCCUCUGGGCCGGCCCGGCCUCGGACGCUGCUGCGCCAGCAGAGCCUUCAGCAACCUCUCAUCCACCCACCAGGCCCCGGUCUCGGCCAUCCACCCACCACAUCCCAGAGUUUGGGACAAUUACACACUGCACCUGGACAGCCUGGGGGAGGCGGGGGUGCAGGGAGAGGAGAGGGAGGUGGCAGCAGUGGUGAGGGUGGGGGUGCAGGUACACGAGGCGGUCCCCGGGGUGCGCGGGGUGGCCCAGCAGGAGCAGGUGCCUCUCGCUAUAGGGGAGGUGGAGCAGGAGGGCGCUCACGUGCCAAUCCUGGCAGCUGGGAUUACAUGAUGGACCAGAUCCGGAAUCGCGGCCUGGACGUCAAGUCCUUCCUUGAAGGGAAGAUGGUGGUCCUGGCUUUGGCCAUUGGUGUGGCCGAGCAAGAUGACUUUGCCAAUAUCCCUGACCUGCAGGAAACAGCACAGGCAGCACCUCCAGCCAAUCAGGAGCCCCCUCCUGAGAAGAGGGGCAACAAGCCAGCUAACAGCCCCAAGGGCCAACCCCCGGAUGCUGAUGGCCACUCCUCCGUGACCGACCUGGCCAACUCUCUCACUGGAGACAUGGUGAUGCUGUCUCCGGGUUCGGAGGAUGAUGACGGUGAAGGGCCUAUAAGCGAGAAGCUGGGCCGGAUCCAGUUCAGCAUAGGCUACAGCUUCCAGAACACGACCCUCACCGUCAAAGUGCUCAGGGGCCAGGAGCUCCCGGCCAAGGACUUCUCCGGUACCUCCGACCCCUUCGUCAAAAUCUACCUGCUGCCGGACAAGAAGCACAAACUGGAGACCAAGGUCAAGAGGAAGAACCUCAACCCCCACUGGAACGAAACCUUCCUCUUUGAAGGCUUCCCGUAUGAGAAAGUGAGAGAGCGCACUCUAUACCUUCAGGUGUUGGACUACGACCGCUUCAGCAGGAAUGACCCCAUUGGAGAGGUGUCAAUCCCCCUUAACAAGGUGGAACUGGGCCAGAUAAAGACCUUCUGGAAGGAGCUCAAGCCCUGCAGUGAUGGCAGUGGGAGACGAGGAGACCUGCUGGUGUCUCUCUGCUAUAAUCCCACUGCCAACACCAUCACUGUGAACAUCAUCAAAGCACGCAAUCUCAAAGCCAUGGAUAUCGGGGGCACCUCAGAUCCAUACGUGAAGGUGUGGCUGAUGCACAAGGACAAGCGCGUAGAGAAGAAGAAGACAGUGACAAUGAAGCGCUGUCUGAACCCCGUCUUCAACGAGUCCUUCCCCUUCGACGUGCCCGCCCAUGUGCUGAGGGAGACCACCAUCAUCAUCACCGUCAUGGACAAGGACAGGCUCAGCCGCAACGACGUUAUCGGCAAGAUCUACCUUUCGUGGAAGAGUGGACCAGCGGAGGUGAAGCACUGGAAAGACAUGCUCGCUCGGCCGCGUACUAACGUGGCCCAGUGGCACGCUCUCAAGGCCUGAUCGCACCGCCCAGCUCCCUCCAUGGCCCCUUCCCGUCUCCUGUCCCCCCUCCUCCCUCCCCUGCUCCCACUCCCGUCCUUAUGCACAAGACUGACUUGCUGCCAGGCUGCGAAACACGGGUACAAUUAGCCAUCUGCUCUCUUAAACCUUUAAACUCUUUUCUCUUUUCUUUCAAAAUCUCCGCUCCUCUCUGACCCCUCGCUCUUCUUCUGUCCCCUCCUCUUCAUACAGCCGUGUCUUAAUUUCUGUGUCUGCCCACUUUGCCAAUGGUCCCCCUGUUUCUGACUGUCUGUAUGUCUGUCUGUCCUUAUGCACUUUGCCUGUGGAGGUCUGAUGUUCAGUUUCUUUGUCGACCCCUUGGUUCUGAACUGCACUGCAGCCCCUGACCCAUUUAAGGUGCCAGUCCCGUGGGAUCACAGAGAAUCUUAAGUAACGAUCUAAUCUCAUAUAAUCCUAUUGUAUGACUAUUCCAGGUACACAAUGCUAUACAGUAUGUACUGUAUGUACAUGUACAUAUAAAUAUAUUAGGCGUAUAGAUUGGCAGAACUCCC